AGCCGGCAAUUAGGCUAAAAAGAAAGAAAAAUCCCAUUAGGGCCCCACUGCUAACUUCAGGUCAACGGUCAAAAUCUACGCUCCCCUCAAAAAGCUCGAUUUUCAGAGCCCAAUACCCAAUUCUCUGUCUUUCCCGUUCAUAUCCACACACCCAACCACUCCUCUUUCUCUUAAUUUCUUAAAAAACAAUUCAGAAAAAAAUAAUUUUACGCCGGCUAUGGAGUUCGAAUUGGAUCACUCUGACGGGUUCGAUCGGAUACCUGACCCGCUUAUCAACCUCAUCUUCAACCAAAUCUCUGACAUCAAAACCCUAAUCCGAUGUCGCUCCGUUUCCAAACGGUUCAACUCUUUGGUUCCUCAAGCCGAUUCGCUCCUCCUCCGGGUCGACCGGGUUAUCUCCGCCACCGAUUCCGACGACGACGAUGAUUCCUUCUUUAUUGCUUUCCUCAGAUCCAUCAUCAAAUCCCUUCACCAUCUCGUUUCCCCAAGCAAGCCUCUCCCAAACCCGACCCGAUCACAAAACUCACCCGCCCAGAUUCUACGCGAGUUUGAGAAGAUCCGGAAUCUCCAAAUCGAGCUGCCGUCCGGCGAUCUUCGAUUAGAGAAAGGCACGACGAUUAAGUGGAAGGCAGAGUUUGGGAAAACCCUAAAGAGCUGCGUGAUUUUAGGGUUUCGCGGUGGGGAAGGUGGCGGAGGAGAGGCAGAGUUAGGAGGAGGGGGAGGAGGAGCUGGGGGAGGUUUGAAAAUGAGGGUAGUUUGGACAAUUAGCGCAUUAAUAGCAGCAUCAGCAAGGCAUUACAUGAUGAUGGAAGUCGUAAACGAGCACAAGGAGCUGGAGAAUUUGGUGAUCAAAGACAGAGAAGAUGAAGGCAGAGUAGUGAUGGAUAAGAAAGGAUUGAGAGAAUGUAGAGAUAGCCAAGGCGAAGGUGAGGAAGCGGAGGUGAAUAAUGCUACCAGUGGGAAUGGUGUUGGUGUUUGGUGGCGGAGCAAUCGCACAACAGUGCCAGCUGUACGAAUGAGGAUGAGGCAUGAAGCUAGAAUGGAACUCUCUGAUGGCACGAAAAUGAUAGGAGCAACGUUGGUUGUUGUGCGGCCAAUUAAUCAGGGUAAUGGUGAGAGGAGUGAGGUGGAGGAACAAAAUGGAGAUGUAGGAUUGGCUUUAGGGGCAUUUGGGGAUGAUGCAAUGUAUGGAGAAGCCGUGGAGAGGUUGCUCAAGAGUAGAAGUUAUAUCCUGGAGAUGAAUUCCUUUUAGUUCCCACUGUAUCUCCUGUAAAAAAGGGCUACAAUGGCAACUAUCUGAAAUCCCAUAAGAGGAAGAAGAGGAGGAGGGAAACCUCUAUUUUAGGAUACCUCUAUGCUGAAGGAUGCAAUUGAUUUGUCACCUGAACAACCUCGGCAGAAGGGACGGGUACCUCGAGGAACCUAUUAGCAAAGGGCCAAAGCCACGUAGGUUCCAUAGCAAUAUCGCAUUACAGAUUUUUUGAGUUAUUGGCAGUAUGUUGCAAAAUAGCAGAUGGAAUUAUCAGCAAGGCCUGAUGAAUGCUGUGAUAGAGUAUGAAUUCACCAUAAUGCUGUGAUAGAGUAUGAGCAAGGCCUGAUGAAUGCCUUUCCAAAUGACUAUUGAAGCAUGAGUCCUUAAUUACGUCUUUGAUUAAAUUUGUUUCUGAAUAGUUAGCAGCCCGAUCAAAAGCUUUAGUUAGCUGUGUCUAAUGGCCAUGUGUGAUAAUCGUUGUAGCUUGUAUUCUUCUGUUGGUUUUUGGACGUUUAUAGUUUCCCUGGAAUGACAGUUGAUCUAAAUUUUAACGAGGCAACAAUUACAUAAUCAACAAGUUGCAGCUGUUGUAUAAAGAAGUUUUAGUGUUGGUUCUCACUCUUGAUAGGAAGGUAUGGUGCUCGAGCAUUAGGGUUGUAGGUUAGGGGGUAGUCGAGAUUUUUCUACUUCAUACCGGGGGUGAGGCGGGUUUGAUAGGGUUGAUCUCAGACGGCUUGUGGUUAAUGUUGAGUCCACACUAUCCUUUCUGUUUUUCAUAGCCCUGAGCCUUAAUUACUGGUAAUUGUUAUUGCAUGUCAUCUAUUUUAUGUUUUAUGAUGCUGUUACUAUCUCUAUGGUUUCUGUUGACGACACUGAUGAAUUGUCUCUUGUUUUAUUUCCGUCUUCAUGAGCCGAGGGCCUAUCGGAAACAACCUUUCUGCCCCAUCGGGGUAGGGGUAAGGUCUGCGUACACACUACCCUCUCCAGAUCCCACUUUGUGAGAUUUUACUGGGUCGUUGUUGUUGGUUCUCACUCUUAUACACGACCAUUUUUCACAAGCCAAGCCAAGUGAUAGAGCUCAUCCACAACUAGUAGACUUGUAGCUGGGUAUUUUUCGGCCUAAUUCCUAACUCGACAUCUAAACUCAUCAUGGGAGACUUCAUACAUUGACGGAGGUUUAGAUCUGCAGAUUAUGGAACAGGAAGAAUUGUAGUUAAUGGUAAUGAAAUUGUUAUUACUUAUUAGUCCAAUUGAGAAAAUAAGUGGUAUAUCUAUAAAGGUUAUUAGACUGACCUGGAUGUUUUAGGUACCUAUCAAAUGGCCAUUAAGGUUGUUUGCAGUGCUGACUUCUGACUUGUUGGCGACCAAUUUUAGUUAU